AUGAAUAUAAAUCUUUAUCAUUUGUCAGUUUAUUAAAAUUAUUCCGGAAAACAAGACUUCAGUUUUAUACUCUUGAAAAGCUGAAGCCAUGUUGUUGUUUUUAUUCAACAAACGUAAACAAACAUGGUGCAGUACAGUUCUUUUAAUGCUCCUGAUUACAGGUGAGCUGGACGCUGGUGUAAAGUUUAAACCUAGUAAACUUAGACGAGUAUCUGAUUAUCAGACUAGGUUUGGGACUGAACAUCAGACUAGUAAUAGUCCUGUGGACUACAAUAGUUUGUACCAGCAUAGGCUAAUGAAAGCCUAUGACGGGAAGUAUCAGAAAACUUCCGCAGCUGCCAUUGAACAGGUAGCGCCGGCCAGUGAUUUCAACCUGACCAAGCUUAUUCAGAAAUACCUUGAUUCUAAAAAGAUCCAGGAAAGAUCUUUUAUAACCCCUGGGUUUGAGAGUUUUGAGGACCAAAAGUACAAGCUCUACGGUUCUGAAGAUUACUACAACGAAAUAGAAAAUGAUAUCUAUCAAGAUAACUCUGAAGGGUAUACAGUUGAUUAUACGGACAAUGUGCCGGAUACAGGUGACCGGACAGUAGCUCUACCAGAGGUUCCAGACCUUAGCAGUUUGACCCCUAGCGACCUUGCGCCGAUCCUACUCACAUCAGCAGCAGUCUUCGCGCUAAGUGCCUUGUUUACUAACCGAGUAAGCCUGAAUACCACAUCAGCUAACGCUACAGUACCUGGAGGACUUUGGCAGGUUCCUGUCAUACCUGACCUAACAACAUUCUUCAACACUCCAAACAACAACAUCUUUGGAUAAGUUGAUGCUGUUGUAGAAAUUCAUGUUGUUGUUGUUGUAGUAGUGUUAUUUAUCAUGACUCAUGAAACGUUGUUGUUUAACAUUGUUAUGUUUUUAAUAAAUUAUAAUCUAGUUUAAA